CCAGGUUUUCCUCAAGGCUUCAAGUACACCUUUGCUCUCCCCAACUUCACAUUCGGCUCUUGUUACCACGGUCAGCCAGACGGCCUAUGGUAACUUCAAGCCCAGCACACCUGCAAAGACAGCAGCCUCACCGAGAUUCUUAACCUGCAACUACAGAGGCAGGUUAACGAACUGCUACAAAAAAUUCCUCAUUCUAGAACAUUCCGAGUGAUCAGAGUUUAAUGGAUACGUUACUCAAACUUGAAAAAGUCAGUAAAGGAAAGGCAAAUUAGAGGAAGUCAAUCUUACUCAUGAACAUAGCUGCAAACAUCUUAAAUAAAUAUCAGCAAACCAAAUCUAGCGUGAAGCAUCAGCUUUCUAAGAAAUUUUUAUGAUAAGGGUGCCUGUUUUAAAUAACAUCCUGGCCCAUAGAUUGAGCGGAAAGAUAACACCCUGUUACGAGAUACAACCUUGCUUUGGCAGAAGUACACAAUCAAACCUGCAAAAAUCACCCUGGGAUUAUUCUGAAGCAAACCCAGACAUAUCACUUAAUCAGUAGAGAUUGGACGAUGCCAGAAUGGAUGUAGAGAGAACAGUUAGUAUCUGUUACAGUACAGGAAUAUCCAGUAGUGUGGUCUAAGCCUUUGACCCAAGGAUGAUGGUAUUGGAGAUGAAUGAAUAUGGACAUAAUCAAAGGAAACUGGGGAAGAAAUUUGGCAUGGUGAAGUAAUGGAUCAGCUUAUGCAUGUGAAUGCCCUGGGCUAAUGGCAAUUAACUUUAUCAAGGGAUUUUCAGUGUAGACACUAAAGUGCAUUAUUGCACAUCUAGGAAUUGUCAUUCAUUUCUUUGUCCGUUAAACGGGCACUUACCUAGGGAAAAGAGGAAGUAAAAUUCAACUGAACAAAGCUGUACUCAGGGACUGUCCAAAUCAUCCAGCUUCGUCACCCCUGGUAAAACCUUCCAGAACCUAAGGACUGUUGAUAAGGAUAUUUGAGAGGCUUCUAUGUUUCCAGAAUAAUGCUGCUUGCAAUUACAGUAAAACCUUGGUUUGCGGGCAUAAUUCGUUCCAGAAACAUGCUUGUAAUUCAAAUAUCAAAUAUUCAAAUAUCAAAGUGAAUUUCAAGGACCAUUGGCUCAGCUGUGAUCAUGUGACAUUGGGCGUCACGUACUACUCGUAUUGCAAGACAUCGCUUGUUUAUCAAGUUAAAAUUUAUUAGAAAUGUUUGCUCAUCUUGUGGAACACGUGCAGAGCAAGUUACUUGCAAUCCAAGGUUUUACUGUACUUCAAAAUUUGUGGCUUCUUUCCUUCUCUUUUAAAAAUUUUCUCAUUUCUAAUAUUUUAAGUAUUUUCUCAUUUUUUUGUAAUUUUUAUGUGAAAAUGGCUGAUCAGUUAUAUAUCAACCAGCAUUUCUUUCUUUGUGACCAUUAGACUCACCUCUGACACAGGACAGACAUUUUUUGAGUCCGCAGCUGUUCUAGUCUGCAUUUUUUGUUGCUUAAUUUUUAUUAGCUGAUUUUCUUUGGUUGGUUGUUUUAUUUUGUUUUGCUUACAAAGUACCAAAGUUAUAUCCAUUAGACCAAGAACUGUUUUGUAUACACCAUAGACACUGAGCAACUAGUCAACCGUGAAUAUUUGUGGCGUUUACUAGUAAGUGAAUGCUGGAGCAUUGUGAGUUUUUAAUUUGCUUUUUAACUUUACUACUAAAUGGAAAGGCAAGAUUUGAUGAAAAAGGCAUGAAUGAUGCAUUUAUAUGUACAAUUCUACAUUAGCCAGGAUGAUACCAUAAAAACUAACAUUAUUUAAGGGCUAACUGUAUACCAGGCAUGGUUCUGAUUUAUAUAUUAAUUCAUUUAAUUCUUACAGAAAUCCUGUGAGGUAGGACUGUUAUCCCAUUUUCCAGAUGAGGAAAUUGAGGCACAAAGAAAUGAGGUAACUUUCUCAAGGUAACACGUUUAUCGUUUGCCCCCUCUGGGGUAUGGACCCAGAUUUGGUCAUUUGAGGGCAGUAUUGAGGCCCCUAACUACUACUCUGUGUUGGAAUGAAUAGCUCUAUUAGAAAGUGGAUCUCCUGAGAUCUGUUAAGCCAAGUGUAGAUACGUUGCUGAUGUAUGUGGAGAUGGGAAACAAUAGUUACAUCAGUGGGAGUUUUAAAUACUUUAGUUCUGUUUAUUAUGGCUGAAAAACAAAAUUAGAAGUGUAUAUACCUUCUUGCACAAAUAUGUUCAACAGAAGUCUGGAGAAAUGUUGAAUCCUGUUUUCAAAGACAGAAUUCAUGUCUUUGGCUAGAUUCUCUGUAUUUUUUUCCUUUCUCAAUGACAUCUUCUACUGUAAUGUCAUUUCUUCUUUAUUGGGAAUCACUACCGCUUACUAUUUAGUUAACUUCAGUGAAAACUGUAUGCAAAUCAGAUAUUUUGUGGACACUUCUUGAAGUUAAGGGGCAUCACUGCAACCUAGAGAUGGGAACUUCCAAGAUUGUCAUGACUCUAGGAGUCCCUGAUUCCUGGACAUACAGAGGUUUCUUAGACAGUGAGUGAGGUUCAUGUAAUUCUGAAAUGCUAUCUAGAGUUUAAGGUUCAAGCGGUUGGCGACUGUCUUUUCAUCUUUGUGUACCCAGGAUACAGCAUCUAGUAGACACCUAGGAGAUACUGAGCGAAUGAAUGAAUGAAUGAAUGAAUGACAUUUUAUCAACUUACUCCUUCAUUAUGCAACUAGAAAUUAAUAUACUUCAGUAGUUUGAGUUUAUGCUAGCCUUUCAUGGUUUAAAAUCUUAGGGAUUUUGAAUUUAAAUUGUUAUUUUACUUUUUUCUCUCCACAUAUAGGGAUUACUUGUGCCUUUAAGAAAAUCAUGUACAUCUUUUGGUACAGUGAAAAAUAUCCCAAAUCCAGGGACAUCUUUUAUUUUAGAAUGUUGAAAAUGAUAUUUUAAAUAUUUUGAGAAGAUUUUACCUCUCAGUACUAAUAAACAUUUGAGUAUGGUAGAAAUCACCCGUAAGUGACAGCUAACAGAGAAUUACUCUUCACUGUUAAGUUUCCUGGACGUUGGGGACAGGUACAUUUUCCUCAAUAGAAGCCCCUUCCAUUUUGUUUCAGGAUCUACAAUAAAAUGUUUUGCGCAAGGGUAUAAUUUAACCGGAUUUUAUAUUUACGCUUAUACUUAAAAAAAUCAUACCAAAACAAGUUGGUAAUAUUGAAAACACCUCCUUCCAUAAUAUUGAUUCUCAAAGUCUUGCACACCCAGGCUGAUAAAGUAUCCACUGUGGUUAGGCACUGUGUUAUACGUGUGGCUGUGUCACCGUCCUAACCGUAUAUUCUCUAAUUGCGAUUUUUCAGACCCCUGGGGCCUUACCUAACCACUCAGUUGCAACUAAGAGAGAAGCUGUCCUGGACCACAAGAUGUCACUCUAGGUCUCCCAGCAACCUUUAGAGGAGCAGCGAAUGACCCUUGGACAAAGGUUAACUGUUAGAUAACAAUCACUCUGCUUUUCCCCAGGACACUCAUGUCAGGUUUGCCCAGAGACCUCAACUGCCCUCACUCCCCAUCACUAGGCCAACAGAGUUAGGUACUCAUGUUUCAGUAAAACAGAAGAGAAAACAAAAUGGAGCGACAAGAGGGGGGCUCAGAGACGAUGUUUCUGAGACACAUGUACGUGUGGCCUGGCAAAGACACCCCUGGCAAAACAGCCUCCCAGAACUGAACGAUGCCCUGUUCCUGAUGAGACUUUGCAAGGGUGGAAAUUUGGCAGUAACAGGUUCCUGGGCAGACCGGUCACCACUACAUGAAGCAGCAAGUCAAGGUCGUCUUCUUGCUCUGCGAACACUGCUAUCCCAGGGUUACAACGUAAAUGCAGUUACCAUAGACCACAUCACCCCGCUGCACGAAGCCUGCCUUGGAGACCAUGUGGCAUGUGCCAGAACUCUGCUGGAGGCUGGAGCUAAUGUAAACGCAAUCACGAUAGAUGGCGUGACUCCAUUAUUCAAUGCGUGCUCACAAGGCAGUGCCAGCUGUACAGAACUUCUUCUGGAAUACGGUGCCAAACCCCAGCUGGAGUCCUGUCUUCCUUCUCCCACACAUGAGGCCGCCAGCAAAGGCCAUCACGAGUGCCUAGAGAUACUGAUAUCCUGGGGCAUAGACGUUGACCAAGACAUUCCUCAUCUGGGAACUCCUCUGUACGUAGCUUGUAUGUCACAGCAGUUCCGCUGCAUCCGGAAGCUUCUUUAUGCUGGUGCCGAUGUACAAAAAGGCAAAUACUGGGACACCCCACUGCAUGCAGCUGCCCAGCAGUCCAGUACGGAAGUUGUAAACUUACUGCUGGAAUUUGGAGCGGAUAUCAAUGCCAAAAAUACAGAGCUUCUUCGACCUGUAGAUGUAGCGACUUCCAGCAGUUUGGUGGAAAGAUUGUUACUUCAACAUGAAGCUACUCCAAGCAGCCUUUGCCAACUUUGCCGACUCUGUAUCAGAAACUACAUAGGGAGGCCGAGAUUGCACCUCAUCCCCCAGCUCCAGCUGCCAACGUUGUUGCAGAAUUUCUUACAGUACCGAUAAGGCAGGGAAGUAAUGCUAAAUACUUGCGAAAUCAAAA